GUUUUACAUCCGUUACCUCAAACAACGCACAUAAUAUCAUAUUGUAUGUAGUGACUGCAUAACUAUCGCAAGUGCCGGACGGUUCCAUCAGUGUUUAUAUAAUUUGAAAAAUGAUUUCAAAAUAGUUAUGUAAAACUAUUAACAAUAUACGUAAAUAGUAUUGGGAAAAUAUAUUGUAAAGUGUAUAUUUGUUAUGUAUUUAUACUCAGAUAUUUCAUACAGAACAGAGAUUUAGUAAAUAAAAGUGAAAUGUUAUAAUUUGAAUCAAUACGGUUACAAAUGGCUCUACAAAAUGCGUUUGUCCAAAACUACUACGACUGCACUCCUUGCAUCAUGGAUAAUACUUUCCAUUUAUUAUUACAAUAUCUUCAACUUAAUACCAUUCAGUUAUAAGUUUAAAACUAAGUUUUAUGAUGUGCAAUUAAUUAAUAAUGUAUCUAGUCAUCAGUAUACAAAUUUUGAUAACAGCACUGAAGAUGUGUUGCUAAAUACACCAGGAUGUUAUAUACCCAACUAUGAAAGUAAACUAGUUUUUAAAGAAGCAAUCAAUUAUAAAGGCAAUUGUGGUCCCAGAGCCGUGUUCAUAGAGAAGGUAUCUGAUGACAAGAUUGUAUUCCUAAUAAAUAAAGCCAAACUAGAAUCUUACAGGAAGAAUAAACAAAACUUCUCUUGUUGUUAUCAAUUUGUCAGUAGAUCUACGGUUCCCACAUUUAGAGAUGUGAGAAUUACAUAUUCACCAUGUAUUUUAUUCUCCGAUGGUACAAUAACAACAUUAAAGGAGGAGGUCAUUACAGUGACUUGUGGCUUAAAACCUGACAAAAAGGUCAAAAAUAUUUAUGAAGACGCUUAUAUGAUGAUCAAGAAAAAAAAGAACACUAAUGAGGGAAACAGUAAUGAAAACGCUUGGAAUGUACUCUUAUUAGGCAUGGAUACAAUGUCACGAGCAAGAGCAUACUACAAUAUGCCUUUCACUAUGCGAUAUUUCCAAAAACUAGGCUGGUUAGACUAUAGAGGAUAUAAUAAGGUAGGCUUCAACACAUUCCCAAAUGUUAUGUCUAUAUUAACUGGGAAAAAAUUAGAAAAAUUGUACGGUUUGUGUUCACCAAACAUGAAUCAUUGUGAAGAUCAUAUUAUUUGGAAAAAAUAUAAAAAUGCUGGUUUCAGGACAGCGUUUGGUGAAGAUAAUUUAUCUCUUCCUGACACAUUUUACAAUUAUGGCGGUUUCGAAAUCAUACCAACAGACCAUUACAUGCGUCCUUUAUUUUUAACCGGAGAAAAGGCCAGGGGUAAUAUUAUAUGCACCAAAAAAAUACCUUCUGCUAAACAUAUUCUACAAUACGCGUCUCAGUUUUUGGAUACGUAUAAUGACGAAAAUUUCUUCGGAUUCUUUUGGAUAAAUUCUUAUAGUCAUAACUUAAUACACAAACCCAGUCUGUUAGAUAAAGAUUUAGUCAAUUUCUUUGAAAACUUGCCACUGUCGAACAAUACAUUCAUUAUCUUCGUAAGUGAUCACGGUAUAAGGUACGGUAAAAUGAGGUACCUAAUGGAGUCGUAUUACGAAGAACGAUUACCUAUGUUUUUUAUAUGGGUGCCAUACGAUUUUAGAGAACGCUACAAGGAGAAAUAUAAAAAUCUUCAGCUUAAUCAGCAUCGGCUAACAACGCCGUACGAUUUACAUGCAACUUUAUGGGAAAUAUUAAAGAUAUCAAACGACUCUAUUGAUAUUACUGUGCCGGAGGCAUGUCCUCACUGCACUAGUCUGUUUAAAGAAAAAUCACCGUACCGAACUUGUGCGGACGCAGCAAUCGACAAAAAAUGGUGCGGCUGCCACAAAUUAGUUCCGGUGGACACAAAAGACACGGAUGUUUUUAACAGCUUACAAUUAACAAUUUCACACAUACAAAAUAAAUCACAACAUGUAGAAACUAAAAACUGUAUGAAAUGUAGUGAAUUCAAACUAAAAACAGUAUUAAGAAGUCAUUCAUAUGUUGAUAGUGCUAAUAACAAAACCUAUUAUGUAAUAGCGUUUCUACUGUCGCCUGGUGACGUAGGCUACGAAGCUACCGUAGAGAAAGACGGCAAUACGCUUAAAGAACUGCAACCUACAACUACAAUAACCAAAUACAACACCAAGGGAAACUGUGUAGUAAAAACUUUUGACCGGUCGUAUUGUGUAUGUGAAAGGGUUCCAAAAUGUUUUAAAAAACACAAAACAAAAUAAUUUAAUAAUAAUAUUUAAUCAUAAAGAAAA